UCCCUUUAGUACAAGUUCGGAUUUCGGAACGUUUGGCCGCAUUGCUCGUGUCUUGGCCGGCUUCGUUCGAGGGGCUCGUCGCGACGAAAGUUUUUUCGCGUAAUUUUACAAUUUUAUCACUUUCGGAGUGUUGGUGAAUUUUUCAAUUUUUUAUCGCUAUCGAACCAUUUUUUAAAUUUUUUGUUCGCGGUUUUUCCAGCAAAAAAUUGUGAUCUGUACUUUUUAUCGUGUUUUCCCCCUCAUUUUCUUCGAGUUUUCGCUUAAAAUUCGUUAUGUUUGUUUUUUCCCUUGUGAUUAAAUUUCUUCGCGAGUCGAGUUAGGUGGAAUUUUCGACUAAACUUUUUGGUAGAUGAAUACCGUAUAACAACGUGCGCUGCAAAGUAAUAAGCGAAAUGUUACGUGAAAAUAUAAAAUAACUGCAGUGAAAAGCAAUAAUGGAAAUGCGAUCAUGCAAAACGACAACAUAAACGACAAUGAAGCUGUGAUAAAGGGAAUGAAAAUGCGUAUUAGCACGAAGAAGACGCUGCUGCUGCUGAUUCGUAAUGGUCGACGAUAAACAAUUCGUAUCUUCAGUUGCAGCCACCGAAAGCAAGAGUGGCGAUUACGACGCCGACGACGACGACGGAUGAAAAAGCAAAUCAAAAUGGCACUCGGCAUUUCGAGGAUUAUACAAUAUUUUUAACCCCUUAUAUAAUACUCACUCCUCGUUGAAGAAAGUACCUACAGCCGGCAACAGCAGCAGGCGUCGAAAGAGAAAAUCUUGAUAAAUUAGACCGACGAAAAAAUAAGAAAAAAGUGUUAAGCGAAGAAUACCUCGAGAUUCCAAAAGAGAAAUACAACGGAGAAAAAAACCACGCUCGCCAUGAAACAAAAUAAAAAAUAAACCUCCACAAAGGAUAAUAUCCUUUGCGCGGUAAUAAAUAAGACGACGAUAAAAGAAGAUAACGCUUUUGCCAGCGCACACAGUACACGUGAAAGAGAUCCUCGUAGGUCGCAUUUUAGCCUAUUUUCCAUCAUCAUCAUCGCCAUCAUCUUGUCUACUUUCUUAUUCUUUGUGACACCUCGCUACUUAUUUUAAUUACCAACGUUAUUCCGAGAUCGCGUAACCGAGCUAAUUUCCAGCAGCCGAGCACAAUGUGAGCCAUAACUCAUGUCCGGGUCACUUGAUCCUGAGCAGACCCAGCUGUCUUCACAAAUCACCCGGUCGUUUUGUUGGCCGGCUACUACUCUCGAUUCGCUUAUUCCGGCCACGCGACAAUACAAACCAAACAUGAAGGCGAGCUGAGCUGGAAAGGUGCUGGAAAAAAAACCAAAGGAGGAGGGAAAAAAACAUGUAACCUUUCCCAUGCGAUAUGGGAACACCGAAUCGAGUAGUUUUUCAUCGCAAAUCUUCUUCUGUAUUCAGAUCUAGAUACUUGGAAUCGUCGCUAUCAUCGGUGCAAAUUUUAAGCAGAGUCGAAUUUCGCCUCCGUAUCGUGUUCGUGAUCGCGUAUCUAUCGAUAAUGGUUUGCGGUAACGUAGUCGAAGGAAAUUCCGGUCCAGGAUCCGGAUCCGGGUCCGGUUCGCUGACUAGAAUCGUGCAUACGAGAUAUGGUAAAAUGCAGGGUAUCGUUAAAUCGUCGUCUGGAUCGGCAAAACACUUGAAACCGGUUGAAUUGUUUCUCGGUGUACCGUAUGCAACUCCCCCGACGGGGGCUAACCGGUUCAGUCCGACUAGGGCGCUGACGCCCUGGGAGGGUAUUAAACUGUUCAACACGUAUGGUCCAGUGUGUCCUCAAUGGUUACCAGAUAUAAGUAACGAGACAGUGGCUCUUGAAAGGAUGCCCAGGGGAAGGCUGGAGCAUUUGAAGAGGUUGCUGCCUCAUUUGAAGAAUCAGAGUGAAGACUGCCUUUAUUUAAAUAUAUUCGCACCGGCUCAAGGUAACAGAGAAGAACCCGAGCAGAAGUAUCCAGUAGUUGUUUACAUUCACGGAGAAUCCUACAGUUGGAAUUCUGGAAAUCCAUACGAUGGUCGAGUACUGGCCAGUUACUCCGAUCUGAUUAUCAUCACUCUUAAUUACAGAUUAGGCGUUCUGGGAUUUUUAAACACGAACUCGGAACCGUACCAAAAAGCCCGGGUAGCUAAUUACGGUUUAAUGGAUCAGAUAGCCGCGUUACACUGGAUACAGCAGAACAUCGGCCAUUUUGGUGGAGAUUCGAAAAACAUCACGUUAAUGGGACACGGAACCGGUGCAGCGUGUAUUAAUUUCCUCAUGAUUUCGCCAGCAGUCAUGCCAGGUUUAUUCCAUCGAGCAAUAUUGCUAUCCGGAUCAGCACUGAGUAGUUGGGCGAUCGUCGAAGAGCCGGUAAUCUACAGCUUACAAAUAGCUCGUCAGAUGAAUUGCACCGGCUCGGAUAAAGAAUCCUUUCAGAAUCACGAACGUAUCACAGACUGCUUACGCGAAGUACCCAUCGCCGAAUUAAUGAAAGCCAAAAUCGUAGCGCCUACUUUUCUGAACGCUUUCGGGCCCAGCGUCGACGGCGUCGUCAUAAAAACCAAUUACCAAGAAGAAAUACUCACCAAUAUAUUACCCGAGCUACAAGCGUACAAUAAAGCCGGCGCAGGCGGCGCCUCCGGUUCAUCGGGGGGUGCAGGAGGUUCGCAGUUACACGCCAAUUCCAAGCCCAGAGAUUCCAAAUCCUUGAUCACCGCGAAUAAAUACGAUUUAUUAUUCGGAUGUGUCACCAGCGAAGCUUUAUGGAGAUUUAGCCACAACGACAUUCAAUCUGGUUUCGAGGGCGAUAGACGUGAUCGAAUACUGCGGACUUACGUUCGGAACACGUACAACUAUCAUUUAUCUGAAAUAUUUUUCACAAUCGUCAACGAGUAUACGGACUGGGAAAGGACUGUUUUGCAUCCGAUCAACACCAGAGAUUCGACCAUCGCGGCGCUCAGCGAUGCUCAGUUUGUCGCACCUCUGGUACAAACUGGUGACUUGUUCAGCAGAUCUUCGUCCGGUCAUAGUUCCAGUGGCAGUAGUAGUGGAGGAGGUGGAAGUGCCACGAAUCAAGUUAAUUCUACUCCUCGUCUUACCAAGAGUUUCUUUUAUGUGUUCGAUUAUCAAACCAAGGAUGGGGAUUAUCCUCAGCGAAUGGGCACGGUUCAUGGCGAAGAACUACCCUACGUAUUCGGAGCUCCACUAACCGAAUCCCUAACGCACUUUCCACGAAACUUCACCAAGUCCGAAAUCGCGUUAUCCGAAGCUUUUAUGAUAUACGUCGGCAAUUUCGCGAGAUCUGGUAAUCCGAACGAAUAUCAGAAACAAGAACCUGUUCUGGUUGGCAGCAAAGAACGUAAUCGUUUUCGUGGUACUUUGUGGGAAGAAUACGAUCCUAUUCAUCAGAAGUAUUUAGAAAUAGGCAUCAAACCAAAAGUGAAAAACCACUUCAGAGCUCACCAGUUAUCAGUAUGGCUGAGAUUGAUCCCAGAACUACAUCGAGCUGGCAUGGAAGACGUCAGCUUAAGGCACAACAUGUUCCGAAACCACGAAGGUGAUCUCUACGACGGUGUUGUGAAAACAGAUCGUCAUAAUAAUCCGAGUAUAAACACGCGAAGACCUACCUUAACCAAUAAUGGAACAGUGGCUCAAGUCAUCCAAUCAAUCACAACCCUGGAGCCUUUUUUAACCACCUGCGUUAAUGUUCCUUCGCUAAUAACCACUAGUGAUAUUGUACCGUACAACUCUACAGAUGUAAAUAGUACCGGAGAACCUCAAGGAUUAGUUACGUACUCGGCCACUCUAGGUCUAACCAUAGCCAUAGGCUGCACAUUGCUGGUUCUAAACGUCCUCAUAUUCGCCGGAGUCUACUACCAACGUGAUAAAACCCGAAUGGAGAUAAAGAAUUUACAAGAACAACAACUCCAGCAUCAGCAACAGCUAAGCAGUAACUCUAGUUCGCCUUAUGGUUCUAAAACCAUUCCGAGAGGGUACCAACCAGGCAGUAUAAUGUUAGAUAUCGAGCCGGAUACAGCAUCGAUGAUCCUAAAUAGCGGUGGAACGUUACCUAAAUCUUCGCAGCACGGGUUCAAGUACCCAACGAAUUUAGCAACGUUACCGCGGCAUUAUCAAUCCAAAUCACAUAUCAUCAAAAACGGCGAUCAUAUAUGUGAAGGUAAAUCGCUGCAUACGUUUUCUGAAAACUGUGUUAGUUCGCCACCGAAUGGAUCAAUUAUCAUGCCACCUUCGGCGUUACCUAAACCGCCUCCUCCGCCUAAAUCAAGCCCUCCUCCGGAGUCUCAACCUUUACUCCAUACGGGACCUCAUCAUUUGGGUAAUUCUAUACAGCCUCAUCAAAAAGGCGGUAUACUAAAAGUUCCAGCUGCUGCGAUCAGCGAAAUGAGGGUUUGACCUUCGUAAUUCUGUGGUGUAGAGUGUUCUUUAUUUAUGGUAAUUUUGUUUAUAUAAUACUAAGUUCCAAUUUUUUUUUUCACAAAUCUUAUCGUUCCUGUUUUAUUUAUACGUUUGCAUUUUAUUGCUCAAAACGUUCGUUUAUUUGUUUGUCGUGGUGGUUUUUUUUUUUUUUUUUGAAGAGACCUUGGAUAGAUUGUAUGUUUGAGGUGUGAGAUGAUGAGGUUUAUUUUGAGUUGGAUGAAGCCUCGAUGGAUACGAUUCGAUACCUUUUGAUGCCUGCUGGUAAUUUUUUAACGAUUUUUUUUUUUGAACACACUCUAUGGAUACAAAAGGAUAGGCUACUGAAUAUCUAAAUCUGAUUUCAAAAUUGAUGGUUCUUCUUUCGUCCCCCCCCCCCUCCAAAUUCAAGCCCAUCUCAAUAGAUUUGAAUGUUCGAUUUAACGCUUGGACCUCUCAAAAUAAUUUUAAAAUGUUUAGCCAAUCUAAUGGAGCCUGUACUAUGGUUCUGCAUUUAAAAAAAAUAUAUAUUCCAUCCAAAAAAAACACUGAAGUUGAUCUUUUGAUCAUAAGGUAGGUAGGUACCUAUAUGACUCAUUUUUGAGAUUAUUCACAUCGAGAAUUCGAGUGUGAUUUCUUGACCAAAUCUCGAUUUUCAAAAAGGAAUGCAGAAAUUUAAAAUGACUAAUUGAGUCAAUACGAACUGAAAAAUAGAUUUUCAAUACUUUGAUAGGUACUUAUUAUUUUUUAAUACUUGAAAUUUCGUCAAAAAAUCAUGACGUGAGUAUAUUUGAAAUUGUCUACGUAGGAAUUAAGUAGGUGCAUCGUGAAAAAAAAACGUCGGAAGAUUUUGACCAAAUUGAAAAAAAAACUCAAUUUUGAUUGAAAUAAGUCAUCUGUAAAAAAUUAUCUAAAGUCAUCCACAAAAAAUUUUAGUUCUACAGAUAUCUCUAGAGAGAAGACAUUAUCAAAGAGGAGGCAUUUUCAAUGUUUUCAAAAAAAUCGUGUUUUUUGCUCUUGUCUCUAUUCAAUUUUUGUCUCAGAAAAAGGAUCCAGUUCCAAAAGAUGAUAGAUACCUAUUUGAGAUUCUACAAUAUUGACCUUGGCUAUUUUUUGGGGGAAAAUUGGAUUUUGAUGGCGAUAAUCUUGCUCAACACAGAAUAUCAAAUGUCACUUUGUGGAACUGCGCCAUUUAAAAAAAAAAAAAAAAAAAAAAAAAACAGGCUGUGUAGGGGCUAAAAGGAAUAAAACCACAAUUUUUUCAUAAAUUUCCUCUCUUUGAAAGCACAUUUCUGUCCUCCAGAAGAGUACUUUUGAAGUUGAAAUUGGAAAUGGUGAAUUUUCGAAAUUACAUUUCACUUUUGAAAAUAACCAAGAAAAUUGAAACCUUUCUGAAAGCUGCAGAUUAAGUCGAGUUCGAUGAAGAGUACUCUCCUGCAAGCUACUCCCCGGUCCCCCGGGUGGGAAUUUUAGUUUCUUCGAACACUUGAUUGAUUUUUAUAAUCGUUCUUAACAAUUUCAAACUUUUCAUCAUUAGAUAGAUAGAUUAUUAGGUUACUCUAAUUGAGUUUAAAACUCUCUAAAUUUAUUUCAAUAUUAAAAACAACAUUUUUCCUUAAAAUGAAGUACGUAUAGGUAUAAAUACGUCGUUCUUUAAGUGAGCAAUUUUAUGCUUUCAAUUUUUUUUGUUUAUUUUUGUGAUUUCAAUAUUUUCUAUCAAAUAAGUAUGAUCAUUCGAUUUGAAAAAUGAACGACCCUGAAAACAAAAUAAAAAGGGACAAAAUGGAAGGCCAUUGAAUUUUCCACUUGUUAAAUGUAAUUUCAUUUUGGGUCUGUUUUGGAUUUUUUUAAAUUUAUUUUUUAGGUAAAAUUUUUAAUAAAUUGGACGUUUCUUUUGAAUCUUAGAAAUGGGCCACCCUUCAGAGACGAAACUAAGGUUUUUUUUCAGAGAGCUGUGAACUAAAAUUUUUUGACUGGGAUAAGAAAAAAUAGGUACCAAUUUUGUCGAAUAAAAUGGCGAGUUUUUCCAGAGAAAUAUUGAAGAGAUAAUAAAUGAUAAUUUUGUCAAUUGAUAGGUAUACGUAUUUUAUCACUUAUAGAAAUUUUAAUUUUCUAUUAAAAAUUUUUGGUUUUCUAUUUCGUUCCAUUUUGGAAAAGAAAGACGAAUUUACAAGAGCGAAUGCGAAGGCAAAAGCUCUCGAAAAUUUGUACUUCAAAAAGUAAAACAAACAAUAUUUUUUAUAUAAAAAAUUUUUUUUGGUUUAAAAAUCAGACAUGAUAUUUUUUUGAAAAUUUUAAUUGAGAAGAAAAGUAAACAAGCCUGAGCAAAGCAAGAAAAAAAGUUAUCGAAAAAUCAUUUUGAGAAUAACAAACUGAUUAUUUUUUGUUUGCAGAGAUCAAUUAUUGUUCAAGAAUUUAGAAUUUGAAUGAAUAACUUUUUUUUGUUGUAAAUUUCAAAUUUGAAAAAGACGAAGGAUCUUUGAGCAAAGCGAGGGCAAAAGCUUCCAAAAACUCGUAUUUUGAAAAGUAAAAAAAAAUUUUUUUUUAAUUUUUUAUGCAAAAAGUAUACUUAGGUAUGUUUUUGAAAUCCAAUACUUAUUUUUUAAAAUUUUAAUGACUAGCUUUCUAACUAACUUAAUAUAAUCCUUCACACGACAGGUGUAAUAAUCAUGCAAUUAAUCCCCCCUCCUCCUCCAAAAAAAAACAAUAAUUUUGUUGAAUAAGAAAAGUAAACGAGGCCGAGCGAGAAGUUACAAUUAGAGGUAGAAACUUUCAUUCGUCGACUUCAACAUAUUUGAAGAUUUUUUUCGAAUUCAUUCCAUUUUUAAAUUGUCUUUGAAACGUUUUAAAAACGCUAAAAAAAACUCGACGCAAAAGGUUUCAUCACUCGUAUCCAUCGAGGAGAGACUAGAAUUAUGCUGGAAAUUAGAAAUGUUGAAAGUUCGCUCUUAUAGUUGUUCUUUUUUAUAAGAUCUCACCGAUAGUAAAUGUGAAAUUUAAUAUGUAAGUACGAAUGAUUUGGAUUUUAAGGCGGACCAAACACUCUAGAUUAUGUUCAAUUCGACGAAGUAUCCAUUAAAUAAAAAACAUAAUUAGAUAAUAAAAUUUCUGCGAAUAAUUUUUCUACAAAGUGUAUCUACCUUGCAAAAAAAGUAAGUAGGUAGGCAUCUUUUUCUUGGUGAAUACAUUCUUUUGUAUCAUUUUGUGUUUAUAUAAAUUAACAAACAAAAUAUUACCAUUUUCUUAUUUACCUAUACUUUUAAACUUGAUCGCUUGUAAAAGAAAAUUCAUUGAAUCAGAAAAAUUAUCAAUAAAUUCCGUUUACUCGAGCAGAAAAAAACCAGGGUCACGAUUUAAAGAAUCUGUGUUUCUCUUUUCAAGGAAAAUAGAUAUAAAGCAAUACUAAGUAAUGAAGUAAAUAUUCUACCUAUAUUAACAUUUGUAUGUUCUAAAUUUCACUCAAAUCUGAACAACAAUCAUGUCUGUGUUUGCAGAUUUUGAAUCAUAUUUGCAUUUAAAUUUUCCAGCAAUUGUACAUUCAACGACCUACGUGUGUUUUUGCUGUAAGUGAAUAAUUAUUUUUCUAUGUUUUGUAUACCUAUUUAUCUACCUACGUCAUUAAAGUAAAAAAAAAAAUUCGUCGACUUGAAUAUUAUAGUAAAUUGAUUGUUCGUAUUUCGCACUCGUGGUUUAUUAAAUAAAAUG